AUGAGUAGUAAAAAAGUGCUCGAAGAUUUUGUAUUUUAAAUAAAUGCAACAGAUUUAUCUAAAUUAUUUGAACCAGACAGUAUCCGUGAGCACGAGAGUUUAAAAAUACUAAACUCUAAAUUUAAUGGCCUAUCCAGUCUAUGUUCAUCUUUAAAAACUGACAUCAAAAAAGGUUGCUCAAAUUCCUCUGAAUCAAUAUAAAUUCGAUAAGAUCAUUUUGGUCGAAACGAUCCUCCAGAGAGAGAAAGUUCUACUUUAUUUUAGAUGAUAGUUGAAUGCUUUGAAGACUUAAUGCUUUAAAUCUUGGUUAUUGCAAGUAUAAUAUCUACAGUAAUUGGUAUUAUAGAAGAAGGAUUUGCUAAAGGAUGGAUUGAAGGAGCUACUAUUUUAAUCGCAAUAGUCAUUAUAGUAUCUGUCAGUGCCGGUAAUAAUUAUGUAAAAGAAUAAUAAUUUUAAAAAUUAAGCGCUAAAAGGGAAGAAAUGAGUGUUCAUGUGACCCGAGAAGGAAAUAUUUUUUACAUAGAUGUCAAAGAACUAGUUGUUGGAGAUCUACUUUCUAUUUAAAUAGGAGAUCUUAUCCCCGUUGAUGGUAUUUUGGUAGAGGGGAGUGAAAUUUAUAUGGAUGAAUCUAGUGUAACUGGAGAAUCUGAUUUAAUUCCGAAAAUUGCUGUUUAAAAAGUGGAAUAAGGCGGUAAAUAGUAGCCAUUUAUGGUCAGUGGGUCUAAAGUUAUGGAUGGAAGUGGAAAAAUGUUAAUUUUGGCAGUUGGAAAAAAUACUCAACUAGGUCAGUUAAGGGAAAAACUAUAAGAAGAAUCACCUCCUACUCCUUUGUAAUAAAAAUUAGAAAGUAUUGCUGAAUAAAUAGGUGAAGUAGGUACAAUAGCAGCAGGUUUAACAAUGCUAGCUUUAUUAGUAAAUUUAGGAAUUGAUACAUAUAGAGGAAACCGUUGUUUUAUGUGUAUUGAUACAUUAAAAGAAGUGAUAAAGUCGUUCAUGAUAGCUGUAACGAUUAUAGUUGUAGCAGUUCCUGAAGGAUUGCCUUUAGCAGUGACAAUAGCAUUAGCUUAUAGCGUAAAUAAAAUGAAAGACGAGAAUAACCUUGUAAAAUAAUUAGCGAGUUGUGAAAUUAUGGGAGGAGCAACUACUAUAUGUUCUGAUAAAACUGGAACUUUGACAUAAAAUGUUAUGAGUGUAUACCAUAUAUAUAUAAACGAUAAGCAUUAUAAUCCAGAGCAUAUUAUCCCGAAAUACAUAGACGAAAAAAUCCAAAAAGUUUUCAAUUAAAAUGCUUGUUUGAAUUCUUCAGCAAAUCCAACUAAAAAUAAAAAUGCGGGUAGUUAAUCAGAAGGAGGACCGAAAUUCAGCCAAAUUGGAAAUAAAACUGAAUGUGCGUUAAUAGAACUUGCUGAUACAUUCCAAGCAAAUUAUAUUAAGGAAAGAAAAAGUGCUAAUAUUUUAAGAAUUUUACCUUUUUCAUCUUCUAGGAAAAAAAUGACUACUUUAAUCAAAUUAGAUGAAUAAACAAUUCGAGUUUUAGUAAAAGGAGCUAGUGAGGUAAUUUUGGAAAAAUGCAAAAAAGUUCUCACAGCAGAAUAAAUUAAAAGUAUAGAAAGCGGAAAAAGAGAAAGUAUUAAAAGAGAUAUUAUUUAAAGAUAUGCGGAUAAGUCUUUGAGGACUUUGGCUUUGGCUUAUAAGGAUAUUCCCUUUACAAAUAUGUAUAAUGAUCUAUAAACUGAUUAUCUAGAAGAAGAUCUUGUUUUGGUUGCUAUAGCAGGUAUAAAAGACCCUUUGAGGCCCGAAAUAUAUGCUGCUGUUUAGAAAUGUAAAAAAGCAGGAAUUACGGUUAGAAUGUGUACAGGAGAUAAUGUAAAUACGGCAGUAUCAAUAGCUAAAGAUGCUGGGAUAAUCGAAGAUAAUGCUAAAACUUCAUAAAUGAAUGCAAAUAAUAAUAGCUCAUCUUUUAAUAGUGGUUUUGAGAUUUUAGAAGGUAAAAAAUUUCGAGAAAUAGUCGGAGGAAUCGUAUAUGAUAAUCCUGAUGGAAAAACGCCAGAAGAAAAAGGAGCUUCCAAAGUUGCGAAUUUAGACAUGUUUAAAGCAGUUGCUAAGGAACUUAAAGUUUUAGCAAGAAGUAGUCCAGAAGAUAAAUAUAUACUUGUAACAGGGCUUAUUUAAUUGGGUCAUGUUGUCGCAGUUACAGGAGAUGGAACUAAUGAUGCACCGGCAUUAAAAAAAGCAGAUGUGGGAUUUGCUAUGGGAAUAGCAGGAACUGAAGUGUCCAAAGAUGCUGCAGAUAUAAUUUUAUUAGAUGAUAAUUUUGCAAGUAUUAUAACUGCUUGCAAAUAUGGGAGAAAUAUUUAUGAUUCUAUAAGAAAGUUUAUUUAAUUUUAGCUUACAGUAAAUGCUGUGGCUCUUUUUAUGUCUUUUCUUGGAUCUGUGGUAUUAAAAAAAAGUCCUUUAAAUUCAAUAGAAAUGUUAUGGGUUAAUAUUAUAAUGGAUACUUUUGCAUCUUUAGCACUUUCAACUGAACCUCCUUCGGAAUCUUUACUGGAUAGAAAGCCAUACGCUAGAGAUGAUUCUAUAGUAACUGCCAAUAUGUGGAGGAAUAUAUUUGGAUAAUCAAUAUAUCAAAUAGUUAUUCUUUCUUUAGUAUUAUUUAAAGCCCCGAAAUGGUUAUAAAUUCCUUCAAGUUUCGAUAUGGUUAAAUAUGAUGAAAAAUAAGCUGUCCAUUUUACGCUUUUUUUCCAAAUAUUUGUUUUGAUGCAAGUUUUUAAUGAAUUUAAUGCUAGGAAAUUAUAAAGGGAUGAAAUUAAUAUAUUCAAAGGGUUAUUUAAUAAUGGACUUUUUUGGCUUAUUAUUAUUAUUACUUUUUGCGUUUAGUAUUUCCUUAUUGAGUUAGGGGGGUAAUAUGUAGGAGUAACUUAAUUGAAUAUUUACUAGCAUUUAUUAUGUGCUGCUAUAGGUUCUGGUUCUUUGAUUGUGGGAAUUUUUAUUAAAUUAUUACCUAAUGUACUAUUUAAUUAAAUUAAAUUGUUAAGAGAAGAAGAAAUGGAAGUAAAAAAUAUGGAUUAGUCAUUAUCUUCGAUGCUUAGGAGAAAAAGCUCGAGUAGACUUGCAAUUAAUUCUGUUACUAAAAAAAGUUAAUCUAAAGAAAAUCUUUGA